GUGGUAAGUAGGGUCCACUUCCGAGUGAGCCAAAACCAAAACUCACACCUUUCGCAUCCGUCAGCUCUCAAUCCCAUUCGGAACCAAAUUUCAAUUCCACCAAAAACCCUAAUUUCCUUUCUCUCUAACUCUUAGAUCUUCACGUUUUAGGGCUUUCUCCACCUUCCGCAAUGCACAAAUUGGGAAGAGGUCAUCGUGACAAACUCCAGCAGUUCAUAACAAUAACUGGAGCCAGCGAGAAACUAGCCCUGCAGGCUCUGAAGGCUAGUGAUUGGCAUCUUGAAGGAGCAUUUGAUUUCUUUUACAGCCAACCCCAGCUUAAAACAUUUACUGAUUCUAGGCACUUGGAGGAGCUAUACAAUAGAUAUAAAGAUGCAUAUGUUGAUAUGAUUUUGGCAGAUGGUAUCACUCUCCUUUGCAAUGAUAUCCAGGUGGAUCCUCAAGAUAUAGUAAUGUUAGUUCUUUCAUGGCACAUGAAGGCUGGCACCAUGUGUGAAUUUUCCAAGAAGGAGUUUAUUGAAGGUCUACAAUCUUUGGGGAUUGAUUCUCUGGAAAAGUUCCGUGAAAAGAUACCUUAUAUGCGCUCUGAGCUGAAAGAUGAACAGAAAUUCCGUGAGAUAUAUAAUUUUGCUUUUGGCUGGGCAAAAGAGAAGGGUCAAAAAUCUCUUGCAUUGGAUACUGCUAUUGGUAUGUGGCAAUUAUUAUUUGCUGAGAAGCAGUGGCCGCUGGUUGAUCAUUGGUGCCAGUUCUUGCAGGCUCGGCAUAACAAAGCAAUAUCUAGGGACACAUGGUCUCAGCUUUUGGAGUUUGCAAAGACUGUUGGCUCAAAUUUAUCUGAUUAUGAUGCCGAAGGUGCUUGGCCAUAUCUUAUUGAUGAAUUUGUGGAGUAUCUCAACGAGAAUGGCAUAAUCCAAAAUGAUCUGAUCAAUGAUUCUAGUCUAAAACGAUGAUGCAUUCAAAUCUCAAUAAAUUGUUAUUUAAGAGAAUUUGAUGGAGUCUCUUGUGAUGAGUUGUGCUAUUCUGUGAUUGAACUCCUCUUUGUUAUUAAGUGGGAUUCGGUCUAAAUUCAAAGGGGACAUGGCUGCUAGAGCAAACUCAUUCUUACUGACAAGUAGUAGCAUCAUUUGUGAGAUUGUUGAUAUGGCAUAUGAAUUUCCUUGGGAAGUAUUGUGGAAUUAGUAAUGGGAGCCUACUAAUUCCACGGUGUUAUAGUUUCUGGUCUCUUUUUAAUUUAAUAAUUAAUUCUUGAACGAUGUCUUGAUAGAAGAUAAGAGACUUACGUGAUUGUGAUUGGCUGUCCUUGUUUCUGGUCUAGUUUCAUCUUGUAUAAUAUGUGGCACCAAGUUAUUAAAACAUUCAUGAAAUAGAGAAGGGGAAAAAAUAACUAUGUUGUGGGUCUGUUUUCCUUUGGAACUAUUUAGAAGCAAUACCUUGCAUAUCGGUUCUA